AUGCCAUCGAAAAAACGUUAUAGAAAGAAAAAAUAUGACUCAUGUCGUCACAAGAGAAAAUUGUUUCCGGACAAUUUUGGUAUCCUGCCCUCUAUAGUUGAAAGAUCACACGAAAAUUCUCCAGUUACUUCACUGACAUCACCUAAAGGAUCAACAUUAGGGUCACCAAUAGUGUCAUGGCCUUCGUCUCUUCCUUUGGCUUUACCACCAAAAAUAAAACCAGAGCCAUCAGCAUCUAAAACAACCAGCAAUGUAUUUGACGAUUCAGGAUUUGAAGUAACUCCACCGAAAGUAGAAGGAAAUUCAGCCACAUUUAAAAAUAAAGAUGAAAUGAUGAAUUACCUAAAGAAAUUAGAGGAGAACAACAAAAAUUUACAGGAGGAAAAUAAAAGUCUACAUACUGAAAUGAAUUAUAAAAUAAAGUAUUUAGCAGAUUUACAAACACAGUAUGAGGGUUGUAUAGAUAGUAUUGUUGAAAUUAAAAGUAAAAUUAAUAAUCUAGAAAAUGGCUGCAUCCAAAACCCAUCUCAUGUAUCAUUACAAGUACUGCAAGCCAAGAAAAAAGAAAUAGUUGAAUUGAAAUAUGAAAGAAAAAAUAUUAUAAAGGAACAUGAAAUGUGGAGAGAGCGAAGUUACUGUUUCGAUGCAGACAAUGACUCUUUAAAAGAAGAAAUUGGAGAACUGAAAAAUACCAUCAAAGAACUAAUUAAGGAGAAUGGUAGACAAAGGCAGCCACAAAACAAUCUCAACGUACCUCCAAAACAAUGUACACCUGUAAACAAGUCAGUGGUACCAAAGCAGUCUACACUAAAACUUGGUACAUUUGAUUCAAAACUGGUGAAACCAGUCAUCAAAAUCAAUUCAAGUGACUUGUCAAUACCAAAAACAUCAAAAGAAAAGAAACAAACAUAUCUUCCUCCAAUUGACACUUCUGUUGGAAGACAUCGUUAUCCACCAACAAAUCAUGAUCCAUCAUUCUCAUCUAAACAUAAUCAUCAUACAUCAUCAACUAGUUCCCACACUCACCCGACGUCCUAUACCAACAAUAAGAAACAUUCGUCAUCAUCCAAACAUCAUCAUUCAUCUUCAUCUGCCUCUGCUUCAGAUAAAACUCUAUCGUCUGCAUCUUCAUCCAAAAACCAUCAUCAUCAUACACUCUCAGCUUCGCACAUCAUUCAUCCUAAGCAUCACCAAUCUGCACCUUGCCCCAAUCAAUUAAAUUCAACAUUCUCCCAUCAACAUCCGCAUCGUCAAACAUCUUCAACCAAUUCUGUCUCUUAUCAAUCUACGCCUUCCACCAAUCAUUAUAAUUCAUCAUCCUCCAAACAUUACAAUCUUCGACAUACAUAUUCAACCCAAUCUACCUCAAACCAGGCUACUCCUUUCAGCAAUCAAUUAAAUUCAACAUCAUCAGUCAAACACAGCCAGAAUCGUCAUACAUCUUCAACCCAAUCUACUUCUCAUCAAUCAACACCAUCCAACAAUCAAUUAAGUUCAUCAGUGAAACACCAUCAGUAUCGUCAUACAUCUUCAACCCAUUCUACCUCACUCAUCAAUAACCAAUCCACACUUCCCACAAAUCAGAUUAAGCUACCACAUAUCCCAACUCCUCCAACUAAUCCAAAAACUCAUCAAACUCGAAAGUAUAAACGAUAA